AUGGGCCUCUCCAUGCCAGAUCUCACCCCCAACAUAGGCCUCUUCUGGUACUUCUUCGCCGAGAUGUUUGAGCACUUCCGUCUCUUCUUCAUCUGUGUCUUUCAGAUCAACGUGUUCUUCUACACAAUUCCACUCUCCAUCAAGCUAAAGGAGCACCCAGUCUUUCUGAUCUUCAUGCAGAUCGCCAUCAUCUCCAUCUUCAAGUCCUACCCCACCGUGGGCGACAUCGCCCUCUAUAUGGCCUUCCUGCCGGCCUGGAACCACCUAUACAGAUGUGAGUGGUUCUUUCCCAUGAGCCAUGGAUUGUGUUCGAUAUGUCCUGAUCUAGUCCUGUUGUUGGCGUGCUCCGCGCUGUUCCCCGUCCUCUGGCACCUCUGGAUCUACGCGGGUAGUGCCAACUCCAACUUCUACUCUUCCAUCAUGCUGCUUUUCAACGUGGUACAGAUCUUGCGGGUGUCGGACUACUUCUACGCGUACCUGCGGCGAGAGCAUCACCUAACCCAUGGCCUGUACCUGAAGAGGAAAGACGGUAGCGAGGCCACUCUGGUUCUCAAGUAG